UACACACUGACAUGUUGAUGAUGUUUUGCUUUGCGUCAUAUACUUAUGUCGGAUUGCGUGCAGCGGCGCGGAGUGGCAAAUUCACUUCUAGAACUCCAUCAUGGACAUAGUAGUUCAGGUAACUUGAAGUUCAUCAAUGACAGGGUUCGCUGCAGUUUGAAGAAGCAGAAUCCUGAUGUGAUCGAGGUACCUUGCGUUUUACCACCAUGUAGCCUGUUCUUCUCUGAUUUUCGACCAGGCAGCAAAACGCAGUGGACAGAUUUGCGGGCCAGUGCAACGGUGGUGUCUCAUCUGAAUCGCAGCUGGCCACCCACGGCCUUUCCUCCGCCCACCCAACUUGCAGACCUUACCAUCGAACUUCACCCGAACGUACAUGCGGGCUGUAGAGCAUUUCUUACCAGGCCUCUAAUGUCCGUAAAAGUGGAUAUAGUGGAUAUGCCUCUCGUGGAGGAUCCCAUUUAAUGUCGUCGUGCAUAUCAUCGAUUAUCUGCACGACGAUCUCGAAUCUCUUGGGGCUUGUGCCCUGGUAUCUCAGCCAUCUCUCCAUCCAUGUCGCACAUAUUCCACACCUUGACGGUGAAACUCGCUGAUAGUGAGAAUUUCAUCGAGUUCGCCUGGUCUUCAAUAUGGGUUCUUCGUGUCACAUGGUGCCAGGGACCAACUAUGUUCAUUCCCUUAUUUAGGCCUUGCCACAUCUGCGUGCAAUGAGGCUCGAAAAUUAUGUGUAUUCGCACGGAAGAUACAGAGCAACUGCCGUCUCUGGUUUUGGAGGAGUUGAGUGUGCAGAUGGGAGAUAAGGCUAGUUCGACUUUGGUUGGACUCAUGGGGAUGACCGGCGUGCUUUUAUUGGUGCGCUGGAGGAACUUGGAACCACGAGCACAACAAAUCAGUGCAAUUGAA